AUGGGCAACCUCGUCUCGCACUGCGUCGCAAUGGGCGCCCGGGCUUUGGUUGUCGGGCCGGACGGCUGUCGGUCGUGGCUGGAUGAGCAUACCGGGGUCGCCGAGCUGAUGAUCAACGCGCAGGGGCACAUGGUGGCUCGUGCCACGGACGUAGCGACAGCUCGGCGGGUGCGGGCGAUGGCGGCGGACGAGCUCCUGCGCGCCAGCGAGGUGUACCUCCUCGUGCCCGCCGGUCGGGCCGGGGCGCGGCUGGGUGACAGUGAGGUCGAGGCCAUCAGGCGGCUAGUUUCGGGGAAGAAGAAAUCGAGGAAGAGCAGGCCCGGCAGCAAGGUCUUCCCGAGGUCACUCUGUGUGCCGGUAAACGGGCCCAGGAUCAUGGGCUUGGGCCCAGGUAGUGGAGGCCUGUCUUAG